CGACAACAAAGGGCACUGUCCGCAUUCCUGUUAUUAUGUUGGUGUGUCCACUGAGUUCGUCACUCUACAUUGAAAAAUAUACUGGUCAAUGGAUCACUGGACACAGCCUACAGCUUUGUGUGUAACAGUCAGGUAGCUGGACUGUAACAGAUCAUCACAUACAAGAGUCCUCGACAGUUUAGUGAAGGUCUCAGCUAGUGUAUUGGAUAGUUUGCGCGGUCGAGAGGACACGUACGCUUGAACUUGGCUUGGCUUGGUUACCUUUGAAGGAGGCUAGAGGUUCGACACCAGACUCGAUCAGAGUUGUUUACUGAGCGCCUAAAGGCAGCACGGAAAACCUCCCAGUUUAUUACCUGCCUGGUGAAAAAAUGGCAAUCGUGGAUGGAUUCAUGGGAGCUAACAUAGCAACCAAGAUCGUUUUCUUUCUUAUACUUUUAGCUGUUGUCGUCAACUGGAUCGCCUUCUGCACUACUUCCUGGUAUGUGGGGGAGGAGUACAUCGGACUCUGGAGAACGUGCCGGAAUAAAAGCUGCAGUGUCAUGAAUGACGGGAACCCAGAUGACGAUAUUAAUGCUGUCCAAGCUUUUGCUAUUUUUGGUUUCAUGGCUUUGAAUGUUGGAUUCCUGCUGAUCAAUUUGUACAUGUUUAGUAGCAGUUGUAAAGGGAAUAUUGAAGCAGGCAUUGGCGCCGCCAUUACUCUCUUUCUGUCAGCUGCCUGUUGGCUGAUUGCUGUCGCCAUUUUCGGCGCGAAGCAGGAUGACCUUCCUGGCAGAUUUGGCUACUCCUACGCCCUGGCCGUGUGCGCUCUGAUCUUGGCUCUGAUUGGUGGGUUCUUCAUGUUGAUAGGUGGCCGUGGAAACAUUGGCGUCAGUUUAAAGUGAAGUUCAUCCGGUCAUCAGACAGGAAAUGACGUGAUUGCUCAGAUCGUUGAUUGCAUCAUUACUAUAGACCAAUAUUUCAUAUUUUUAAAAUUUCGUAUGUAGAUAUCCAUGUAAUAUUGAACCAGUGUAGAUUGCCAUCAAAUUAUAUUGUACCAAAACGCAGUUGCUAUUAAAGUAUUAAAAUAUUAUUUUAUAAA